AUGAAUAUGAUUAAACUGGAUAUUUUCUCAAAGUCGAUCCUGCUUUAUUCAUAUUUUCUCAUAACUGAAUCAGACAAGAUUACUCUAAUGUCAGUCGAGUGGUUUACUUCAAAAAGGUGCAAUAUCCAACAACUAAAAGUGCUAAACGUUUUCAACAAAAAUUCAAUGAAAUGGAAUUCGAAAUUAAGGAAUCAUGAAAAGUUUUUAAAUUAUCAUGGAUGUGAAUUGACUCUUAUGAUGCCAGUACCUGAUAGAGACUCGACUAAAUCUGGAUUGAGCUCAAUAACUUCAAUCAUUUUCCAAAUGGCAUCAAAAAAGAACAAUUUUAAGCAUUAUUUCCAACCGGUAAUUUCACGUUCACAAUACAUGAUGAAUUCUAGCAAAGAAAGUCUCAACUUAGUUCCUGACAAUAAACAAGUCAAAAUUCCAAAUGUUUAUUUUGAAUUUACGGAUAUCCAAAAAACUGCUACCGAACUUCGAACAUCAAACUCUGUUAUGGACUUACAAUACACAGUUCUUGUUACACCAGGCGAGCUCUUCACACCCUACGAAAAACUUCUACUUCCAUUUGAUUUCUGGACUUGGAUUUUUGUCUUCAUUACUUUUUCAACUACAUUCGUGUCGAUAUUCUGUAUUAAUCACUUGCCAGAAAAAAUUAAAGAUGUUGUGUAUGGCAACAAGGUCAGAACUCCAGUGUGGAAUGUAGUUGGUCUUAUUUUUGGGAUUGGACAGACGCGACUGCCUGACAAAAGCUUUGCAAGAUUUAUUUUCAUUCUUUUCAUCUGGUUCUGUUUGAUUUUUCAAGUCUGCUUUCAAAGUAAGCUGUUUGAGUUUAUGACAAGUGAACCUCGACGUCCGUCACCGGUCAGUAUUAGAGAUUUGAUUGAUAUGAAUUAUGCAAUAUAUACAUUUUCAUCAGAAACUGCUUUAGCAAGUGGUUUAUACCACGGAAGUAAGAACAUUGUCCGAAUUAAUCCUGUUAAAUUCGCUAACCUUUUCAUGACGCAAUCUCGAAAUGCUUCAGCAAAACUUGUUCUUGUUAUUGAUGAAAUCAAUCUUCAAGCCUUGAAACAAUUCACUAAAACUAAUCCAGAUUGGAAACGAAUUGCAAAUGGAAACAAGUUCAAAUCACAACAAGUUUUUGCAUUUCAUGAUUAUGCAUUUCACUUCCGAAUGCUAAAAAAGACAAUUGACAACAUGAUUGACUCGGGACAAAUGGAAAAUCUUAUAAAAAAUUACUAUUCAAAUUCACCAAACAAUGAAGAUUCUUAUGAUGAUGAACCAAGAGUUUUAGCAAUGUCUGACUUAGAAUUUGGUUUUUAUAUUUGGAUUGGAUGUUGCUGCAUUUCGAUCCUGGGAUUUGUUUUUGAAUUAUUGUGGAGUUUUUUUAAGGACACUAAAACAUCAAUUCCUGUAGAAAGACCAAUAACGAAUCUCGGAACUAGAUAUCGAAGUGAUCAUGAACAAUCAGAUGAAAUUGAUAUUGAUCAGACAGAUGAAGUUGAUUAUGGAGAGUUUGAUAAACAGAAAAUGAGACAAGAUGGUCAAGAUCAGGAACAACAAAAUACGAAUCAAAAUGAUGACAUCAACAUUGAACCAGAAGGACACAAUGUAGAAGUUCUAGCAGAAGUGCAUCAAUCUGAUGAAAUGGAAGAAUCCAUUCUUUAUUUCGAAGCUAUAAUUGAUAGCAAUGAAAGACGACAAAGCGAAAGUCAAGCAACUGAUUUAACAGAAGCAAUAUCAAGUUUUAUGAGGAUCGAGUUGUUUGAAUGUCAAGAACCUAUUGAAUGCGAUUUUCUUGAUAAAAAUUAA